UGUACUUCAUGUCAGGAACUGAAUACAUGUAAUGAAAAUAGUGAAAUGUCAAAAAAUGGUCAAGCGAAUACAGGAUUUUGAUUUCGUGAAAAUUACUUAAAAUUUUCAUGGUAUCUGAAUAAAAAGGUAUCACUGUAAUAAUGAAUGUCACGUUGACCAGUUUGGAAGCACUUAUUUUAAAAGCUACGCAUGAGACUCUGCCAUGCCCAGACCCCGCUGCAUUGGAAGCGUUCUGCACUAUAAUGCGGGAUUCCGCCGAGGGGCCGCAGUUGGCGGCGCAGGCGUUGGCGACUCGAAUUCACUCGCACAACCCACGAGAAGCAAUGUUAGCUCUGACUAUGCUGGAUCGCUGUAUGCGGCGCUCUGACGCUGGUUUCCACGCUGAAGUAGGAAAAUUUCGAUUCUUGAACGAAAUGAUAAAACUGGUAUCACCUAAAUAUUUCGCUGACAGGACUGCGCCUGAAGUCAGGACCAGAGUUCUACAGUUGCUAUAUGCCUGGUCAAUAGAAUACCCAAAAGAAACAAAAUUUAAAGUUGCCUAUGAGAUGCUAAAGAACCAGGGUGUGGUGAAGGAGACUCCACCUCCUAUGCCUCCCGAGGACACCGUGUCAGCUCCUAAGUCAAGGGCCAAAAAUGCCAUAUUUGAGGAUGAAGAGAAAUCAAAGUUACUCCAAAAGCUGUUGCAGAGUAAAAAGCCUGAAGAUCUGCAGCAUGCUAACCGGCUCAUCAAGACUAUGGUUCGAGAGGAAGAGCGCCGCAGCGAAGCGAACAGCAGACGCGCUCAGGAAGUGAGCGCCGCGUUGGACAGCGCGGGGCUCCUGAUGGAGAUGCUGCGGCACGCGGCCAGCGCCUCCGCCGACGAGGAGCAGCUCAUACACGAACUCCACGCUCGCUGUGCGCGACUGAGGCCUGUGUUGCAGCGCCUGGCUGCUGCAGACGCAGAUGCUGACAAUCUUAGUGACAUCCUACAUGCGAACGACGUACUCGAUGAAGUUUUCGAGAAAUACAACACUUUCGUUGGUCACAAAGAAGACAAGACAAAACCCCAAACAACGGUCAUAGCGGAGCGUCAGGAGAGUCUCCUGGACUUCGCCGGAGCGAACCCGGCUCACGCGGCACGGGAUCAGAAGAAUGUUAUAGAUGAACUGGGAGACAUAUUCGCAACGGAACCUACUACCAACACCAUCACUGAGCCUUUGAAACCUGUGAGCCUUAUGCCGAACGAAGAUGUCGAUUUACUAGGUCAUAAACCAAAAGCGGAAGGCUGGAAUGUAUUGGACUCUCUCGGAGAGCAGUUAAUGAAGCAAUCUUUGCCGGAUAGUUCGAAACGUGUAGAUAGUUUCAAUGGGAAAAUUACAAAGAAGAUACCAAUGAAUGCACUAGAAAAGUCUCCUAAGAAGGAAACGCAAUUACUUAACAAUGGUGCAAUGUUGGAUUUAGAUUUUUUCACGAAAAAGCCUGAAGAGAAACGGGAACAACCAACUCCCGUGCCCUCACAGACUGAUGACGUCAUGGUGGACAUCACAGAUGGAGCGUCUUGCAACAAAAGUGAAAGCCCACUUGACAAAAUACUGGAUAUAGGAUUACCGUUAGCUAACUCAAAAUGUGAUAAUGUUGAAUCGCCUAUAGAUAAGGAAGUGGAAAGGAAGGAUAGUGUUAAGAAAUAUGGAGAAGUGAAAUCGUUGAGUGAUAUAAAUGUGUCUUUAACAAGCGUGCAGCCAAGUGAUGUGCCUCCGAUGACGAUUUUCGAAGAGGAGGGUGGCGUGAGCGUCGUACUUCAUUUCUGUAAGGAUAAGCCGAGGCCAGAUGUGAAUGUGAUUGUGGUGUCCACCACUAGUAGAAGCAGCUUACCAAUUGAAGAUUAUAGGUUCCAAAGUGUUGUCCCGAAGGGCUGCAAGGUGCGGCUGCUGCCCGCGUCGGGCUCGGCGCUGCCGCCGCGCCUGCCCUUCGUGCCGAGCGCGGCGCUCACGCAGCUGCUGCUGCUGGCGCGCCCGCGCGCGGCGCCGCCGCCCACGCUCAAGUUCCUCAUCACGUACACCUGCGACGACGACGCCUACUCCGAGAUGGGAGAGGUCACUGACCUGCCGCUCGACGACAUAUAAGACUUAACGUACUUAAACGACAUACUUUGCAAUUCUGUUGCGGCAAAAUAAAGCAAUGAAGUUGCAACAAAAUAGCCUAGGUACUUCUUUGUAAUUUGGUACCAACAUGUUGACAUGUUGCAGUAUUAAAAUUGUAAAGUGAGUAGGCCGUUUAACCUGUGCAAUUAUAGUAUUAUAAACGCGACAAUGCUAAGACAUCAUCUUUAUGAUCUCGUAUUUAUGUAUUUAUUGUUACCGUUCUGUUUAAAGACUCGAACAAUAUAACUAUGGGGAUAAAAUUUGUUAACAUUACAUGUAUAGAAAUAAUUUGUACAUUUACAGUUCUUAAAUUCAUAAAGGACCCCAAACACCUUUUCAAAAAAUCAUAGCAAAUUUAUAAAAAUUAUAGCCUAUUUUUUAUGUUAUUAAUUAUAACAAUAAUGUUUGCUGUACAAAGAGUUCCUGUCGCAUUGUCGCCUACAAAAUAUGUAAAGCUUUAGUUGAAUUUUCGACGCGAUAUUUAGAUUGAGUGAGAGAAGUAUAUUUGAUCUAGUCUGUAUCCUCGUAUCGGAUAUAUUGUUGCAUUCCAAAACAACAUUCAGAAAUAUUUUAUUUAAGUUUAUAGUGAAAUUGUUAUUUUUUUUAUACUUUGACAUGACAUGCGGAUCUGAAAAAUAAUUAUAAGAACAUUCAGUAUUAUGUGUAUGUCGCAAUGUUACGUUGAUUUACUAGUUACUGA